AUGAAUGGUGACUGGAUCAUUGGAUUUAAUAAACCGGUUGGAAUCUUAACUCCACUUCAAGCUGAACUUUGGGGAAUUUUUGAAGGAUGUCAAUUGUCGCUGUCCCAUAAUAUCGAACGCCUUCAAUUCCAAACAGACAGUGCCGAAGCUCUUAAUCUCGUGUCUUUGCCAAUGGCUAACUGCAUCCCAAUAGCCCUUGUUCGCUCUAUUGAAAAUCUCAUAUCAAAACAAUGGACGAUCGAAUUCAUUCUCAUUCGCCGUGAAGCCAAUGUUGCAGCAGACUUCCUUGCAAAAUCUAUUAUUGUUACAAAUAAACAAGCUCAGACCUAUAUAGAACACCCCCAAGAGAUUAUAUCACUUCUUCACUCUGACCUCUAUGGUCUUGUUUCCCUCUGCACUUAG